AUGGACAAGACCAGCAUGGUGUUUAGUAGAAAUGUGAGUGAUGAUGAGAAAGAUGAAAUCAGAAAUCUAUGGGGAGGAAGUGCUAUGCAGCAGUAUGAAAAAUAUUUGGGUUUGCCUCCAAUGACAGGAAGGAAAAAGUUCACGACUUUCUCUAAAAUAAAGUCAAGGGUAUGGAAGAAAUUGCAAUGUUGGAAGGCAAAACAACUUUCACAAGGAGGAAAGGAAGUGUUACUGAAGGCAGUGACUAUUGCUAUACCUACCUAUGCCAUGAGUUGCUUUAAACUACCUGAUAGUCUUUUGAAAGAUCUUGAAGGUUGUAGAAAUUUGAUUCACGAGCUACAUACAGUGGAAAGGGAUGAAGGAAUACCUGAAACUGUGGAUUCUCUUAUUAGCUUGGAAACCAGAUGUUAUAAUAGUUCAGAAGGCGAGAGCUCUAAUAGCAAUAAUCUUAACAGACUUUGGAAAUCAAUUUGGAAGAUAAAGUUACCACUAAAAUCAAGAUCUUUGCAUGGAAACUGUGCAAAGAUUGCUUACUUGCUUAAAUCUGAUUAA